GUUCCCAGUUCCUCUCGAAAAAUUUCCCAGGAGAGCACAAGCUCGUCUGGGUUGGCUCUGGGCGGUCUCGGAAUUAUUUAGGCCCCCCAGCUUGGGGGAGACUGAAGAGAAAGUUAGGAAAGGGUAAGAGCGCCGAGCCAGAAGCUGUAGGCGGCGCUUCUGACAGGCCCGCCUUCUGUUUGGCGGCGGGCAGUGGGCAGGGUUGUAGGGAAAGGAAAUCCUGGCAGUGGCGAAGUUUGGUUCCAGACACGGAAGGAACUUCUGGAGACCCGCUUCGGGUAGGCGGAGCUGCAAGCGGAAAGGUUUCGGGACUGCAUUUCUGGGCGGGGCUUCAGGAAAGUUCACCUCCCGGCUCGCAGCUGCAGGCUCCUGUAGGCGGGCUUUGAGUGGAAAGAUCCUCUUGGGUCCAGCUUUAGGAGGUUUGAUUUGCGGCUGGGGGCGGGACCUCAGGCAAAUUCGUCUUCUGGUUGGCUGGGGCGAGACUCUUUAGAGGGAAGGGUCUGUUAGACGCACGGAGCCGUGGGCGGGGCUUAGGAUCCGGUGGACUUAGGUGUAGUUCCUGCGCGGGUGGCGUUCUGUUGGCUUCGGUCUUCAGUGGUCUGCUGGCUGAAGAUUUACCCCGCCGAGUUACGCGAUGUGGAGGCUGCAGGUUGUGCUGGGUCACCUGAAGGCUCAGCCCACUUCGGGUUUGGCGCCGGCGCCGCAGGCCGCACCUUGUAGCAGCAGCCAUCCGCUGGCGUCGGCCGAAGACAUAGUGGUGGUGCACGGACGGCGCACAGCCAUUGGCCGAUCCGGCCGCGGCGGCUUCAAGGACACCACCCCUGACGAGCUUCUCUCUGCAGUCAUGACCGCGGUUCUCCAGGAUGUCAAGCUGAGCCCAGCCCAGCUAGGGGAUAUCUGCGUGGGAAAUGUGCUUCAGCCCGGGGCUGGAGCAGUCAUGGCCCGAAUCGCCCAGUUUCUGAGUGACAUCCCAGAGACUGUGCCUUUGUCCACUGUCAAUAGACAGUGUUCGUCGGGGCUCCAGGCGGUGGCCAACAUAGCUGGUGGCAUCAGAAAUGGGUCUUAUGACAUUGGCAUGGCUUGUGGGGUGGAGUCCAUGACCCUGGGGGACAGAGGGAACCCUGGAAAUAUUUCUUCACGCCUGGUGGAGAAGGAGAAGGCCAGAGACUGCCUGAUACCCAUGGGGAUAACCUCAGAGAACGUAGCUAAGCGGUUUGGCAUUUCAAGGGAGAAGCAGGAUACCUUUGCACUGGCUUCCCAGCAAAAGGCAGCCAGAGCCCAGAGCAAGGGCUGUUUCCAGGCUGAGAUUGUGCCUGUGACCACCACGGUCUACGAUGACAAGGGCAAUGAGAAGAGCAUUACCGUGGCCCAGGAUGAGGGCAUCCGCCCCAACACCACCAUGGAGGGCCUGGCCAAACUGAAGCCUGCCUUCAAGCAGGGGGGCUCUACCACGGCUGGAAACUCUAGCCAGGUGAGUGAUGGGGCUGCUGCCCUCCUGCUGGCCCGGAGGUCCAAGGCAAAAGAGUUGGGCCUUCCCAUCCUUGGGAUCCUGAGGUCCUAUGCAGUGGUCGGGGUCCCGCCGGACAUCAUGGGGAUUGGACCUGCCUAUGCCAUCCCUGUGGCUUUGGAAAAAGCAGGGCUGACAGUUGAUGACAUAGACAUCUUUGAGAUCAAUGAGGCCUUUGCAAGUCAGGCCCUCUACUGUGUGGAGAAGCUGAAACUACCCCCUGAGAAGGUGAACCCUCUAGGGGGGGCAGUGGCCUUGGGCCAUCCGCUGGGCUGCACUGGGGCUCGGCAGGUCAUCACGCUGCUCAAUGAGCUGAAGCGCCGUGGGAAGAGGGCAUACGGGGUGGUGUCCAUGUGUAUCGGGACCGGCAUGGGUGCUGCUGCGGUCUUCGAAUACCCUGGAAACUGAGGGAGGCCCAGACCAGAGGCACUACCCACUGCUCUGGUGGCAACACUACAGAAGUGACAUCUGGGCACCUCUAGCACCGAUGGUGGCAAAGCAAGGUGCCUCCACUAACUCGGAUGUUGUGAACAAUGAUGAUACAGUACAGGAAGCGUGAGGUGUCACGCGUCUCUGGAGGGGAGAGAGUCGGCUGGGGUUGGGUCACCCAGCCCACAAGGCUACCAUGUGGUUCCUGGGGGAAAGGGCCUGUGGACGGAAUGUGCAGCAGACAUAGUAAAUGUGUUGUCUUAGUGGA